AUGACGGGGUUGGUGGAUCUCGUCCCGAUCCGGGGGACUUCGCCGGAGUUGGCCGGGGACGCGGCCGGAGAGGAGGAAGACGGCCAGAGAGGACGAAGGGGGACCGGAUCUGAGGCACUCCUCGCCGGAUCCGGCGCCCACGACGGCGGAGGCGAGGCUAGACGGUGGCGGAGGGCGGGCGAGCGGGCGGCGGCGGCUGAUCUCGGGCGCGGGUCGGGCGGCGCGCCAGCGCCGGAGGCGGGCGGCGACCGGAGCGGAGGGGCGCAGGGCGGCGAGGCGCGGCGUCGCGGCCGCGGACAGGCGAAGGCAGCGGGGCGAAGGCUGGGGCGCUCGGGGCGGCGGGCGCGGUCGGGCUCGCGCGGGCCCACGACCGCGGGGACGGCGCGGGGCUACGUGGUGUGA